AUGGGGUUCGGAGGGGCUGCUGUGGAGGGUUAUGACGCCAUCAGAGUGCUUCUUGGACCAGGGUUUGGUACAUACAGGGAAGGCGCCAAAAUCUUCAUUCUGAGGUUUGCGAAGCAUGUGACGCAUGGGCCUAGACUGCAAAGGCAUCGAACUUGGACCUUUGCGAAAUCCGGGGGAAAGGACCAGGCGAUCCAGCUUGCAAAGAAGUUCGAUGGACUGCUCAAACAGCACCUGAAACGUUUUGAUUUCCUGUGUUACCAGCAAGACAAAGAGGAACGAGAUCUCUUUUUAAAGGAGCAUGGUGUGAAGAACAAACGAUCGAACAAGGUAAACAGGGAUGCAUUAGAAGAGGUGAUCUAUGAAGGCAAAUCACCAGUGGUGGAGCCGGAACUCACCAAGGGAAUUCCUACAGCACCCACACCGGCGAAGGCAUUGAUUGAGGAAACCAAGGGGCCUACGGCACCGAUUGAGGAAACCAAGGGAACUACGGCACCGACUGAGGAAACAAAGGAGCCUACGGCACUGAUUGGGGAAACCAAGCAGCGUAACGAGGAAGGAGUCUUCCCACAGUCGGAUGGUUCCUUUGUUUGUUACUUCGAUGUUGAUGGCAAAGAGAACCAGAUUUCCCAAAUCUUUCCGACUGAGAGGGGCUUGCGUGCAGCCUUGGGUGGUUUGAAAGCCGCGGUUGCAGCUGGCACUAGAGACAUGAAGUGCUACGACUCUGUGAAAGACAAGCACGAUCUUCCAGAGGCUCCAGCGUCGGUUGCAGCUUUUCGCUUUGAUGACGGCAUCAACAUCUGGGAAGGCAUCAUGGGCAAAGACUUGGAGGAUCAUCAGCCUAAACUGCCGGAGGCAAAGGUUCGCGUCCAUUGUGGGUGUUUCAAGGCCAUUGUCAACAGUGUCCAGGGAGCUGGUAGGCAGAGAUUUGCACUUUUCCUUGGAAAGUGGUGGAAGGGGAAGGGUGCCCAAGCCACUUGGAGGGCAAACUGCACCAUUGCAAGUGCAUCCUUGGAUAUGCUCUCAUCGGCUGCAGCCACCAAACUAGCCGAGAUUGAGGGUAGCAAGGUUUUGGGCGUGGCUGUGGUUGACUACGUUGAAGAGAGAGAGAGGGCAUCGGGAGACAAAAAGCCGCCAGAAACUGUCUGCCAAUGGCUGCAAAAGUUCGAUGAGAACCUGGUAGAGCAACACAUCAUCAUGCAGGCUGACAUACACCCGCAGUCGUCAAAACAUCAUCUGUGGGUUUUUGACCGUCAAGGGGAUAGCCAGUUCCAAAGGGUGAGCAUGCCAUUCUUGAGCAAGCGCCUCAAGGAGGAAAACCUUGAGUUUAUAGAUGCGGAUGCGAAGAAGACCACUAGCCUGACAGAGAUGGUCAACGAGGUUGAGAGUGUGCGAAACCGUGAGGAAGUUCACUACACCAUCAUUCAGCCUCCCAAGACAACGGACUCUUUCUGGCACGCCUUGUACUGGUCGCAGGAUGCUGAUCGAAUCAGACAAGUGAGGACAGCCUAUGGGUGGCCUGUGGAACUUGGCGUGAGGAAGCAAGAGCUGGAAAAUGUUCAAGCUCUUCGGCUGGAAUUCUUGGACCGGCUGGCUGCCUUCCGCACACAGAAUCAGAACCUGUGUGCAGACAUGCACGCAAAGCUCGUCUCCCUUGAGCAUGGAUUGAGGAACGGGCAGCAGAUGAAAGUUGAUGAUCUUUGGCUUGUGGGGCAUCUGCUCCAGAUGCGCAUCCGUUGCGCCAUGGGGCUGCUCAUGCACUGCGAAGUCAAGGCAGUUCCAAGUUCAAUGGGUGUUCAAAUCCAUCAGGAUGGAACUUAUGGCCCUGCUGAUCGGCCUGUCAAGCUCCGAGUGUAUCAUUCUGCGGCCUUCACUGACGAAGCCAAGCGAAUUGCCCAGUAUGACUUGCUGAUCCAAGAUGAUGCCGGGUGUACAUUGCUGGCGCCGGAGAUUGACAUUGAGCAUGAGACUGGUAGUGUCCAGUCCGGAGCUGUGAAAAGUAACGAGGAGAUCGCUUCUGAAUUCGGCAUCAAAAAGAUCUUGCUUAUUCAGGAAAAGUGGCUGGAUUUGAUACUACAUCAUGGAAAACGUGUUGAGCUGCGCUCGAGGGCUGCGAACUUCAGAGGCAAAAUUGGGUUGGGAUGGCGUGGCAAGCUUUGUGGGCAUGCGAACUUGGUGGAUUGUUUUGAUGUGGAUGAUGCUUGGAAACGGAAAUUUGUGGACUUGCACAUGGUCAAGGAUGAUCCAUCCCUCCUGAAGAAGUACAACUUUGGCUGGCUUUUGGACCAGGUGACUGAGAUUUCCCCAAGCAUAUCCUUUGAUCAACCAAAUGGAUGCGUAGUUUGGAUCAGCCUUGACAAGCCUGGCAGCAUGGACGACUCAGCAUCCAGUGCCGCAUCAUCUUCAUAUUCCUCCUUUCAACCUGCUGCUGAGCGUGGACCUGCACGAGAACCUGAACAAGAACCUGUUGUUCAUGUCCUACGAACUUCCAUGUUUGUGAUGGAGAAGAUGCUGAAUGGGCUUUCUGGCAUUGUGAUCCCUGAUGGAGAGCUCCCCAGCGACACCAAUGAAUUUCUGGUGGCGGCAAACCAGCCAGAUGUGGUUGGUGGAAAAGUGACACUGGGACCGGCAGUCCCUGCCAUAUCUAUGGGCGUACUGGAAGCCAAGUAUGCAUUUAGCGUGCCAAUUGGUGCCAACAGAAGCCCACACACCUAUCGUCCAUUUGUCAAAGUGGAGCCAUUCGUGAGGCGCGAGGCCAAGCAGACGUCGUUUGGUCCGACUUCCGCGGCCUCUUUGCUCAGCUGGAACCGAACCUUUCCGUCAGUCGCCUCAGGGGAUCUCAGGGGUGCCAUGGAGGCAGCAGAACGACAACUGGAGGAGUUGUGGCGCCACUUCGACAAGAACGGGGACGGCGGCGUCUCGCGCGCGGAGUUCAAGCUGGCGCUGGGAGCCGUGAGCAGCGCCGCGGAAGAUGUGGCGCAGGAGGUUUGCUCCCGCGUCAUUGUGGCUUUGGCACGAGAGGGAAAGUCUGUAUCUCAGCUCUUCGAUGCCCUCGCUGAAUCCAGGAGCACAGUGCAGUGGAAGGAUUUCGCGGAUUUCUUCCAAGCUCUAGAGCCGAAUCUCACGCGUCAACAACUGGAGAUGUUGUGGCGAACCUUUGACAAGGAUGGAGACGGAAGUGUGAGUCGGGAGGAGUUCCAAAGAGCUUUGCAGUCAGGGUCCGUGAAGACCGAAGAGAAGAAGGCCCCAGAGAUUUGCCUCCAGCUUGCGUCGACCAUCUUCCGUCAGGGCAAGACGGUGCUUGCGCUCUUCGAAGCAUUGGCAUCUGCGGAGGGCAGGGUGCAGUGGACCGACUUCCAAUCCCUGUUCCUGCAGCUGGAGCCAUCCUUAUCUGCCAGCGACCUGGAAUCCCUGUGGAAAGACUUCGACAAGGACGGCGAUGGUAGCAUCACCAAAGAAGAGUUCUUCGCCGCCAUGGAACCCUCAGUGCGACUGGUGGUGGCCAAACAGGCCGAGGUCAUCGCACGGAUGGCGUUGGCGCUGCAGCGGCAGAACCAGAACGUGGAUCAGCUCUUUAAUGCCUUAGCCACGGAACAGGGCGUGGUGUCCUGGCCGGACUUCCGCUCUCUCUUCCAGCAGUGGGAGCCAUCCCUCGGAGAAGAUGAUUUGCAGGGUCUCUGGCGUAGCUUUGACAAGGACGGUGAUGGAAGUGUCACAAGGGAAGAGUUUGUUAGCGCUUUGGCUCCUGCUACUCAAGCUGCUGCUGCCCACACCGAAGACGUUUGCAAACGCGUUGCGUCCAUGCUCUUCCAAAACGGUCGCACCGUGACGCAGCUCUUCGACGCCUUGUCUGCUGGCCAGGAGCAGGUGGCUUUCGAGGACUUCCGGAGCCUCUUUCAGCAACUUGAGCCUUCCUUGACCCUGCCAGAUUUGCAAGCUCUUUGGCGCUGCUUUGACAAGGACGGUGACGGCGGAGUGACACGCCAAGAGUUUUUGAAAGCCAUGGCGCCCUCCGCCAAGCUGGUGGUGCAGAAGGUGACGGACGUCUGCGGCCAAGUGACGCAGUUGCUGCAGCAACAAGGCAAGUCGGUGGAGCAGCUGUUCGACGCCCUGGCGGAAAAUCAGGUGGUUCGCUGGGAGGCCUUUUGCGCCUUUUUCCAGGGAGUAUCGUUGGGGCGACCCAGCAGCCCGAGGUCAUCACUAUCCGAGCCUGAUUUGCAUGGCCUUUGGCACAGCUUUGAUAAGGACGGCGAUGGCACGGUGUCCAGGGAGGAGUUCGUUCAAGCUCUUGGUUUUGCAGCCCCUGCGGCCCCAGGUGUCCCAAGCGGCGCAUCGGAGCUCACCGAUGCACUGUGGCAGGCCAUAGCAGAGGUCAUUGAGGGUGGCCGCGGUCACCACAACUUGAUGUUGGCAACUGGUCUGGCUGCUUUUGCAGCUGCGCUUGACACGUGGAGGACUCCUGUGGAUCGGGAUUCCUUGCUCUUCCUGGAUUUGGUUGUCGAGAGGGCAGAAAAGUUAUUAGGGAUAGCACAUGCGCUAUUUUCUUUUCUCGUGGCGUUGGGCUCUGAACUGCUGCAGUUCCUGUCCUUGUCCGCGGAUGGCUUUUGGCUGUUCCGGCCAAAGCCACAUUCAGCGCCAUGCAGUCUUUGGCUGAUCCGGCCAAGGCUGCAUGCGCUGGGUCUGGCGAUGGCAAGUCCAAAUGGAUGCGGCUGUCAAGCAAAUGGACAUGGAUCCUGCAUGCCCAGAGGCUGGGUCAUGGUUACAGGCAGCCAUGGGGGAUUGGCUGCAAAGCUUGAGGAUGAACGUGAAAGUUUUCUCGCCCUUGUUUCCAAAACUCGCACUAAAUUACUGAAAGCAUUUCCGCUGCAUGAAGUGCCAGACAGAGUGGAAAAUUGCAGAAAUGCGUUCUUUUGGAUGCGGCAGCACUUGCAUGGCACCGGCGUUGCCAAAUGUUUGCGGGACCUGGAGAUAGCCUUGGACAUUUUGACGGCAAUCAACUUGACAGACUUAGAUGCAGCCCCAGACCGUCGCAUUGUCACAGGGUUGCCGCUGCGACUGCAAGGCGUUAAAUGCGGUCUCACCAACAAUACCAAGCAAGAGUUUCUUCAUGCUGAAGAGCUCAUGGCACUUUUCGUGCAAGUGAGCCAAGCAGGGGUUCACUUGGACAUGGGCACCUGGUUUGAUUUUUUUUUCGUGGCAGUGCACGAAGGCCGUGUGGAUGUUAAUCUUCGCACUGGGGAAUUUCAUGUGGACUUUGGCAAGUCGAACAUCAGCUGCUCCGGCUGA